AUGCUCAUCUACUGGAUGGCGCAGAGCGAGCAACGCAGCAGUGUUGUGCGCAACGUCGCACAGGCGAGGCUGCCCGACGGUUUCGCCGUCGACGUGCACUUCAAGCCGAGGUACGACCCGUGGGACCAGCGGCUGUGCGUCGUCCCGGACGGCGACCUCUUCGCCGCCCUCAGCUCCGGCCGCGCUUCCGUCGUCACCGACACCGUCGAACGCUUCACCGCGACCGGGGUGCUCCUCUCCUCGGGCGAGGAGCUGAAGGCGGACCUCGUCGUCACUGCGACCGGCUUCACGCGCUCCAAGGUGAAGGCAGACACCUCUGAGGCGCGACUGCUGUCAACAGGCGCGGAGCUCGUCGUCGACGGCGAGCCCGUCGCCUUCUCCGAGCGGAUGGCGUACAAGGGCAUGAUGCUGAGCGGAGUGCCGAACAGCGCGUUCACCAUCGGCUACAUCAACUCCUCGGACAACAUCGUCUCUGAGUAUGUGUGCCGCAUCCUCAACUUCAUGGACGCGAGCGGCUCAACAACAACAACAUGUCCCGCGCGCCGACCGCUCGACCCGGCGAUGGAGCGGCACGACUUGCUCGACUUCGGGGCCGGCUACAUUCAGCGGUCGAUCGACGAGCUGCCCAAGCGAGGCGAGGCGUGGCCGUGGUGUCCGCGCAUGUACUAUGUCUCCGACUUGCUCUCCAUCCGCCAUGGGGCGCUGGUCGACUCGGCGAUGGAGUUCCGCCGGCCGCAUGCCAAGCCCGACUGA